AUGGAGGGGCCCCCCACCCAGGGGGCCCCCCUGUUGGUUUUAGGCUCUGAGGCACCUCUUGUCUCUUUACUAGAUGUGUCUUGUUUUCGAAUUGCUGCUGCUUAUCCGCUGCCGAGUCCGGUGACAUCCCUGGCGGCGCCUGCAGCAGCAGCAGCAGCAGCAGCAGCAGCAGCAGCAGCAGCAGCAGCAGACGCAGUUUCGCUGAUCCCUCUGGGCUGCGCUGACGGCAGCAUCAGAUUUCUGGACACAAGAAUUGCUGCUCCUCUUGCUGCUGCUGUCUCUGUAUUUUCCACUCCAGUCUCUUUUAUUUCAGCAGCAGCGGCAGCAGCAGCAAAUGCCUUGCUGGCCUGUGGGGCCCCACACCUGCUUCCGGGGGACCCCCUGGGUACUGCCCCCUGGGGGCCCCCCUCGCCCAGGGGGCCCCCAGGGGGGCCCCCCUCGGGGUGCCCCCGAAGGGGUUCUUUUGGGGCCCCAAGGCGGGGAGGGGGGCCCCACAGGAGCAGCAGCAAAAGCUGCUGCUUCCUAGACCUCAGAAUGGGGAGAGACUGUCUCUUUAUAGUUGAUUUGUUUCCUUCUUCUAUGCCUCUUAGCUGCUUCCUGCGCUGCAGCAGCAGCAGCAGCAGCAGCAGCAGCAGCUGUCUGGCCUUGGGCGUCUCGAGCGACGGCUGCGUGCUCCAGGCAGACCUCUCGCGGCUGCACCUGCUGCCGCCCCACAACAGCAGCAGCAGCAGCAGCAGCAGCAGGGGAUUCGCAGAUGCUGCUGCUGCUGGGGCCCUCGAGGCUCUCCCGCUGCUGCCGCUAGAGGGGCCCCUCACUGCUGCUGCAUGCAGCCCCACAGGUUCUCUUUUGGCGCUGUGUGAGUGGGGGGGAAGGGUGCAGCUGCUGCAGCAGCAGCAGCAGCAGCAGCAGCUGUUGAUCCUUGACCCGGCAGCAAGGCAAGCUGCUAUCGAGGCGGCCCUGGAGCGCCAGCAGCAGCAGCAGCAGCAGCAGCAAGCAGAAGAACAGGGCGCGCUCGCCAGCAGCAGCUGCAGCAGCAGCAGCAGCAGCGGGGACCUUUGGGGCCCCCUUCCGGGCCUGGAUGAUUUCCUGCUGCUGUCGGAAAACCCAGCAGCAGCUGCUGCUGCUCUGCCGCAGCGACAUCUUCGAGUCGGCGCUGCUGGGGCUGCCGGAGGCGAGGCUUCUGGGGUUGUUUAG